UCAUGAGGAGAGUAACGUAUAGUGAACCUAAACAGCGUGUGUUUGCCAAAGUGGUUUCUCAUCCUGUCUGACCAGUGUCACCAGUUUAACCAGUGCUUAUGGAUAACGCAGUAAAUCAAAGUAACGGUGGAAAAUGUAGCAUUAGCAUCAUUUCUUGCUAGGUAGUCAGUAAUAGCUAACAAGUGAUUCUCAAGUCUCAGCAGGGACAGAAGACCAUGGCUACAUCUGCAGUGGAGUACACCAUUGGAGGGGUGAGGAUAAACUUCCCGUGCAAGGCGUAUCCAUCCCAGCUGGCAAUGAUGAAUUCAAUCAUACGAGGGCUGAACUCUGGACAGCACUGUUUGCUGGAGAGUCCCACGGGAAGUGGAAAGAGCUUGGCCUUGCUCUGCUCGGCCCUGGGCUGGCAGCAGGCUCAGUCUGCUAAACUGCUGGGAGGAGGGAGCCCUGGGGGGGACAAGAGCCAGUCAGAUAAAAGCUGUGGAGACUAUAAGAAGCCCGAUGUCGCUGCCUCCUGUCAGUGUGUGUGCCACAGCAGAGCCAACAGGGCCACAGCUACAACAGCAGCCCAACCUGCCGUUGUGGACCUCACUGCCUCACCCUGCAACGAGCCGUCACAGCCACCACCUCCAGCACCUGAACACAUGCCGUCACCAGAGGAGUCGCAGCCAAAGAAACAGUCUAUAGCCUCUCGUCUGUCUGAGAAGUUCCAGGCUUCCCUCAAUUCUGACUGCAAGAAAGACGAUGACUUCCAAUCAGAUAGAAAACGCAUCCGCACUGCUGAGCACAAGAGCCGUAAACGUCAGCGUCUGGAGAAGGGAGUGAUAUUUAUAGAUGAUGAACCUGAGCUGGAAAAUGAGCCAUCACUUCCUCAGAGUUGGAUGAGAGAGCCAAACAGCCAGGCAGCUGGGUUGUCCUCAUCAUGCUGCCCCCCUGAACCCUGCUCCCGCUGCCUGUGUGCUUCAGCCAAAGACACGGUGAAAGACAAAGACAAAGACGGAGAAAAGAAGAUUCCAAAGAUCUUCUUCGGCACUCGCACACACAAGCAGAUAACUCAGAUCGCCCAUGAGCUGAAGCGUACUGUUUACUCCGGCGUGCCCAUGACCAUCUUAUCCAGCAGGGAUCACACCUGUGUCAACCCAGAGGUGGCGCCUCACUCUAACCGCAAUGAACGCUGCAAGGACCUGCUGGAAGCCAAAGAUGGCAGGUCAUGCCGCUACUACCAUGGUGUCCAGAGGAUGCGGGAUCAGAACAUACUACAGCAGGUCCAUGGACUCAGUAAAGCCUGGGACAUCGAGGACCUGGUCGCACUUGGCAAACGGCUCCGGUCCUGCUCCUACUACGCUGCCCGUGAACUUCUGCCGGAAGCCUCCAUCGUCUUCUGCCCAUAUAACUACCUGCUGGACCCAAUGAUCAGAGAGAGUAUGGAUAUCAAUCUGGCAGGCCAGAUCUUGGUGCUGGAUGAGGCCCACAACAUUGAGGACUGUGCAAGGGAAAGUGCCAGCUUCGCUUUAAAGCAUGACAGUCUGCUGACAUCCAGGGAUGAGCUUGAUGGCAUGGUCAACAACAACAUCAGACGAGCCAAACAUGAGCCGCUCAGAAACUUCUGCUAUAGCCUGAUCAACUGGAUCCAAGAAAGCCAAAGCCUGAUGUCUGAACGAGGAUAUGAGAGCGCUUCUAAAGUCUGGAGUGGGAAAGAUAUACUGCCCAUCUUUGACAGCCUGGGCAUCACUGUCGACACCUUUAACAUUUUGAAGCAAAACUUGGCGGCAGUGUUGGAGAAAGAGGAGCGUGUUGGUAUGGUUAAUGGAAAAGAGGACAUGGUGCAGGUCCCGACCAUCAGCUCAGCUACCUCCUCUGUCCUCAAAAGCCUCUUCAUGGUGCUGGACUUCCUCUACAGGGACAACUGCAGGUUUGCUGAAGACUACCGGGUAGCUCUGCAGAAGAGCUAUGCUUGGACCAACCAGGUCCCACCUGAUGUCCCUGAUGCCCAGGGCUUUUUUGUUCGGCCGCGCCAAAGACAACGUCAGAGCGUCCGCGUCAAGACAGAAGUCUUGACACUGAGCUUCUGGUGCCUCAACCCCGCUGUGGCUUUCUCUGACUUGAGCGGCUCGGUGCGCAGCAUUGUGCUGACAUCAGGAACCCUGUCACCCAUGGGCUCCUUCUCCUCUGAACUUGGAGUGAAAUUCUCCAUCCAGCUGGAGGCCAACCAUGUUAUCAGCAAGUCCCAGGUUUGGGUUGGCACUGUUGGUGCGGGACCCCAAGGCAGAAAACUCUGUGCCACCUUCCAACAUGCUGAAACGUAUGCCUUCCAGGACGAGGUGGGUGCGCUGCUGCUGCAUGUCUGCCAGGUCGUGACCAAGGGUGUGCUCUGCUUUUUGCCUUCUUACAAGAUGCUGGACAAGCUGCGAGACCGAUGGACCAACACUGGUCUCUGGGAGAAGCUAGAACAACAGAAAACUGUUAUCACAGAGCCCCGCGGUGGUGGCAAGGGGGAUUUUGAUGAACUGCUUCAGACGUACUACGACGCCAUCAAAUACUGUGAGGAAAGAGAUGGUGCACUGCUGAUAGCUGUCUGCAGAGGUAAAGUGAGUGAAGGACUAGACUUCACAGAUGACAAUGCCAGGGCGGUGGUCACUAUUGGAAUUCCCUUCCCAAACAUCAAAGACCUGCAGGUGGAACUGAAGAUGAAGUACAAUGACCAGCACUGCAAGUCCAGAGGUCUUCUCCCAGGCCAUCGUUGGUAUGAGAUUCAGGCCUAUAGAGCUCUGAACCAGGCCCUUGGGAGGUGUAUCCGCCACAGGAAUGACUGGGGUGCCCUAAUUCUAGUGGAUGACCGUUACAGGAAUAAUCCCAAUAAGUACAUCACAGGUCUGUCUAAAUGGGUCCGCCAGCUCGUCCAGCAUCAUGACACCUUCAGCAACGCCAUGCAGUCUCUGGUAGCAUUCUCUCAGGUGCAACAGAAGGCGGAGGCGGCCCCUGCAGACAGUCAGAUCCCCAGCUCAACUGUCUCCUCUCCAAACUGUCACUUGCCAGUAACUGUAGAGGGACAGGGUCUACCCAAGGCCCCAGAACCUCAGACACCCAGCUCAUGUGUCAAACCACCUGAACCCCAGCAGAACUCAAGCCCUUCCAGCCUUCAUUCAUUUCCUCGCACACAGCUGAAAGCUGAACAAAAUGAAGCAGCAGAAUGUUUGAAGACAAUGCACAGUCCCCCAGCAGAGCCCCUAUCACAUAAGAAAGGAACAGCGCGGCCUCUGUACCACAUAUUCACCUCCAGCCCCAUCAGUGCCUACUUCAAGAAGCCAAUCUUUAAACAAAAAACACCCAGUAAUUCCAGUCAGCACUUGGAAACAUCUAAUCAUUCUGAGCACAAGGAGAGGCAGCAGAUCUCCUCUCCACUAAAGAAGACUGAGGCAGCUUACGUUGAACAAGCGGCUCCAAACAAUUCCAGUGAAAUCACAGUGGAACCACGUAAUCUUGUGCCUUCUACUGUAGCAACCCCUUCCAGCCGUGAAAGUGAACCACUCUCAGCAGACCAACCAGAUGAAGAUGAAGAGGACGAAGACCAGACUGUCUUCUUUACUCCAGAGCUUUUUGAGGGCGAAGGCGAUGAAGGCAGCCCACAGAAAGAGACGACCAUCAGUUCACCUCCCAGGAUGGAGAGCCCUGCUCUGCUGACAGAAGAACCUUUUGGCUCUGAGCAGGCCCAAGGGCGAGGGCAAGCCACUGUUUUUGAUGGACAGAGUGCUACUUCAGUCAGUAAGGAGAGCAUAGGCCUGUCACAGGGACAGAAAGAAGAAAUCAGAGAACAGAAGCAAGGUGAGGAGGGAGAGCAGGUGGCUAACCAGAGCAGGCAGACAGACAGUAGGCUUCGCAGGCUGUCCAGGUCCAGGCAGAAAACCCCCUCCACUCCAGCAGGUAACUAACAGCCUGGGAAACAGAUAUAUUGUGAGCUAAACAGAAUGUUUUGUAUGUAAAUAAGGUGCAGAUAACAUGGCCAAUGCACAUUAUGGUGGCAAAAGUAUUUGCACCAAAUAAUAUCAGUAGAUUGAUAUUGAAAUAGCUAUCAAAAUAGACGGCCGUGCAAUGUAAAUCAUAGUCUUUUCAUGCUAUUGCAGCAUAACUUUUAUAUUUCAUCACAGUUCACAGUUCAUAUUUCUUAAACACUAUGUUGUAAAGUAUCACAAGUAUGUGACUUCUGCCUCAGAUAACUAGCCUGCACAUUCCUACCAUGCACACAGUAAACGAUGAGUCUUCAGCCAUCUCAGAUUAGCUUCUUAUGCAGUGUGACAGCACAUCCUAUUAAGACCAUUAAGGCCUGUUCUCAGUUAAAACACAAAACUAAUCAGCAGUACUGAAACUGCAGCACAUUGCACAUUCUCUCGAAUCAUUAAAAUACGAAACCCCAAACUCAUUUGUUUUCUGUAGAAGUACAGUAGGUAAUGAUUUAGUUCUGUUUUAAUGAUGUGUCUGGAUUAUGGGUGAGGACUCUAGAUGCUUUAGACAUGCCUGAUUUAAGCUGAAGAAGAGACCUUUAUUUUUUUCCAGUUUCAAUUCCAAUCAUGUAAGUAUGUGCUGUAAACUCACACGGUUUUGUGUGUGGAUACACAUCGUUCAGUGCAAGCAUCCAUAUAAAUUCUGUUUAAAAUUCUGUUAAUUAAACGUUAGCGAUUCA